AUGCCUGAAACUGAGUCGGAUUCAGAGGAUGACACAGGACCUAGGCCGGAGAGUGAUGGUAUGGGGGAAGAGCGUAGUGAGGUUGGUUCGCAUCGGGCUGCUAACCGUCCGGCUCCAGCUGGUCGGGUUAGAGCACUGCAUCCGUUUACGGCUGCGAUUAUGGAGGAACAGGUCCCGGACCGAACGUUCCCAGCUUUGGAAAAAUAUGACGGCUCGGGCGAUCCGGAGGAGCAUUUGAGGUCCUUUGUGGACGCAAUGACUAUAUAUUCACCUAGGGAGAAUGUGUGGUGCAGGGUCUUUUCUUUAUCAAUAAAAGGAGAAGCUUUAGCCUGGUUCCACUCAUUGAAACCACGAACCAUCAAUAGUUUCGCAACAUUGAGGGACAUGUUCGAACGCCAGUUUUCGGCGGGACGAGCGCGGAAUCUGACGUAUCUGGAAUUAACCAAUAUAAAGCAGGAAAAAGGAGAAAGUCUUAGGGUUUUCAUGGACAGGUUCAACCGAACCGCGCGGCAAGUAAGGGGGGUGGGCAAGAAGUUUACCAUCAGUACUUUGGCGACCGCAUUGAGACCCUCCCCGUUCGCUGAUAACCUGUUCGCUGAGCCCCCAUUAACCCUGGACGAAUUACAAGAAAGGGCCGCUCGUUUCAUUAGAAUUGAAGAGAUGAGGGCGGUCCAGCGAAGGCAACAGGAGCAGGGGACGAGCGCGGGGCAAGAGAAGAAAGAAGUCAAGAAACCGUUCGUCCCAAACGAACGGCCAAAGGGCCAGAAAUUUAGAGAUGGCCCUAGGGGAGGAAGGUACGACCAAUACACCCCAUUGAACGCACCAAGAAUGAGGGUACUGGAAGAAGCUCUGAGUUCGGAUCUCUUGAGGGUGAGACCAUCUAAGUCAUCACUGAAGGCAAAUGGAACUAAACACUGUACUUAUCACUUGAACAUAGGGCACAACACCGAGGAGUGCACGAUGUUGAAGGAUAAGGUAGAGGAAUUGAUCCGAGCGGGUCACUUACGGAAGUUUGUGAAGGAAGAAAGGAAGACAAGGAGCCCGCCUAGGAGGACGAGGGUGGAAAGAGGCGAUAGAAGAGAAGACCGGCGGCCCGAGCGCAGGAGGAGUAGAAGCCGCAGCCAUGACCGAUCGCUGCGAGGGACCAUAAACACCAUCUCAGGUGGGUUUGCGGGAGGAUCGUCGGCGUCUGCAAGGAAAAGGAACUUAAGGGAGCUUAAGAGCGUACAUAGGGUAGAUGUGAGGAAGCGGCACAUGCCGCCAAUCACGUUUACGGAUGAAGAUUUCCAUGCUCCCGACCCGAAUGAAGAUGAUCCGAUGGUGAUAACGGCAGUUAUCGCUAGAUAUAGCGUGGGAAAGGUAUUGGUAGAUUAA